AUGUCCUGCCAGCGCGUGUUCCAGCUUAAGCUUCAUCCAUUAACUGGUAACUCUGAAUGGUUCGUCAUCGAAGAAGAUGACGACGACGACGGAAACUUCGCCCAAAAUUUUCGCCAGCCCUUCCUUGCUACGACAUCGUAUUUGGACAUGCUCAAUGACUCUGCCAGAAACGCCGCAUUUCGCCAAGCCAUUGAGAAAACCAUCACCAAACCUUGCCAUGUUCUGGAUAUCGGUUUUUUGUGUAACGCGCUGCCACUUCAAUCGUGCAGUGCUGGAACUGGGUUGCUUUCAAUGAUGGCUGCACGCGCCAUGGGUGACGAAGGGAGGGUCACAGCGUGCGAGUCUUACCUUCCCAUGGUGAAGCUGAUGAAGAAGGUGUUACGCCUUAAUGGCAUGGAGAAAAGAGUCAAAAUCAUUAACAAACGCUCUGAUGAACUCCAAGUUGGUCUUGAUAUCCCUUCACGUGCGCAUGUUCUUUACAAGGCCCUUCUAACUUUGUAUCACAAUAGAUUCAUAAUCACUCGAAAGUUAAAUUUGAUUGCUGGGUUUUCAAAACAUGUAAGCGAGAUACUUGAUUCAGAGCUACUGGGUGAGGGACUUAUACCGACCUUACAACAUGCACAUGACAAUUUGUUGGUGGAAAAUGCUUUGACUGUGCCGUAUCGAGCAACUAUACACGGACAGCUGGUUGAAAGCAAAUUCUUAUGGAAGUUGCAUGAUUUUCAUAACAACGAGGCUACUUUAUCUGAUGGCAUUCAACUUACUCCUCCAGGACUUGGUAGUGUGUUAAGUGUCAAACGUCAGCAAUAUCCCAUGCAUAUCGAUCCUAUACAACAAGAAAUAAAAUUGCUUUCAGAACCCUUCAAAAUUUUUGAAUUUGAUUUUUGGAAACGGCCAGAGAGUUAUCGAGAAACUGAGUUGAGUGUAAAGGCAACUAAUGAUGGAAGAGUUCAUGCUGUGGUCUCUUGGUGGGUACUUCAACUUGAUCAGGAAGGUCCUGUUGGUUGGUGUGACCACUGGAAACAGUGUGUUUGGUUUGUUCCAGGCAGUGGUGUUUCCAUAUUCAAAGGGGAAGAAAUUCAUUUACUUGCUACUCAUACCGAAACUUGCUUCUCAUAUAGUUUUGAUACCCUAGUUGUACCAACUACUGAGAUAUUGAGCCAUAGGUGCAUGACUGGAGAUCUGCAGCUUGUACUACCACCAGAAAGAGCUGCAAUUUAUGGAGACAAAGAAUGGAGGCUUUCAAUGUUGAAAGCAGUACAAAGCAUUGUAAGCUAUUCCUUCCUUCUCCGGCCAUAUGAUUUGCAGAGAAGAGAUAGCUUGUUAUGCUUGAGUGUAGAUGAUAGUGUCUUUUUACCUCUUCUUGUGGCAAAGCUUUCAGAAGCAAAUGUAAUGUCAUUACUUCCAGGGUUGAGGGAAAGGGGCCUCCAAUAUUUGCAAGCUAUUGCCCAUGCAAAUGGUUUGUCACAUAAGUGCAUUGAAGUUCUUGAAAAAAGGGUGAAACAAUUAAACAUGCAUGAUACGCACCAGAAAAAGGUUGAAUUUUCUUGA